UGAAAGAUUUUAAAGAUGAAACGUUUAUGUUAGCUGCCUCCGGUAGGCGGGCGUCUGUAGAAACUCGCUGUUCCUCAAAGUGAGGGUUCAGUUCAGCAGAGAAAAAAAAAAACAGUGUGAGAAUGUUUCAUGCAAUGAUGACCCAGCUUCCUGCAUAUUAUCAAAAAAAAAAAAAAAAAAAACGCUCUAAUUUAUAAGCUGAAAAGUAUUCCCACCCCUCUUACCGGUGCAUUGCCCCUCCUCUGUUACCCGACAAAUUUUCAACUGCACCGUAACCAAACAUGUCAGAUGUUACUCCUUAAAGCUUUCUAGAUAAACCUCACUGAGAGACAGAAGAGCAGAGGCCAAAGUUCAACGUCAGUAAGUUGUUAUGUAUCUGGUUUGCAAGCAGCUGUGCCUGUUGUGUCACAGAAUCACAUGUUAUGCAGAAUGUCUCCUGUUGGGUUUGUGGUUGUAUCUAAAAUUGUCACCAUGGCUGCAGAGAGACAUGAAACAAUCAUAACCAGAUGAGCUGUGGUUCAUCUGGUAGCAUUAAUAUAAGAUGUUCACAGUCUGUCUUCUUCCCUGACUGAGUGAAGCCAGAGAUCAGCAGCAGACAGAAACAUGCAGCAGGUAGUUUGGAUCAGUCUGGUUCUGCUGAAUGUCGUCUGGAUCUCCUUCUUUUUAACUCCAGAUCUGGACUUCUCAGUGUUUGUGCAGAGGAGAAGCGUCAGCAGCUCUGACGAGACAUUCAUGACGAAGUUCUGCCUUCAGCCGGACUCUGACAGGAAGUGGACGUCCGCUGGACCUUCAGCCAGCGGUCCAGAUGAAGACGUCAACACCGUCACAGAACCCACUGUGAACAGAAAGAAAAGUCAACAUGAAGAAUCCAACCCAGACGACAAGUUUCCAACAUCUGCAGCUCCUGAUCCUGAUGGGAACAACUUGGGUGAACCGACCGUAUCUGCUCACGAACAGAGACUGACUUCACCACCAGGACUGAGCUCCAGCUCUGAUCUUGUUGCAACGAUUCCAACAACUCCCAGAAAUCAGAGGAUGGACGUCGGCCGAACCGGUCAGCAGGAACCACUCACUACUAUCAGACAAACGAGUCUAGCUUUUCCUGAAGAGUGCUGCUUUGUGUUAAUGAAACGACCCGUGAACGAGAAGCUUAUCGCUUCCGUUGAUUUGACUGAUCCCUGCUGCCCCAUUAACGCAGCCAUCUUGAUAACAAAAAAGGCACAACAUCUCUGUGUGGAUCCAACGGAACCCUGGGUGAAAAGGAUUAUUGAUUUUCUCCAGACAAGGGAUUUGAAUGGACCGACUCUGUCCACUCCUUACAAAAGCCUGACUCUCUCUGAGGUCAGUUCAUCACCGAUGCCGAGGCAGGAGAUUCCAACGACUCCACGACAUCAGAAGAUCAACAUCACCCUCAGCCCACCCAGAACAGAACCAGAACGUGGAGCUGGUCCGGUUGAGUGCUGCUUUCAAAUUUGCAAAACUCCCAUCGACGGAAGAGAGAUCGCUUCGUUUCACGUGACUGAUCCUCUGUGCCCCACAAGUGCAGCUGUUUUAAUAACAAAAACAGCAGAACACCUCUGUGCGGAUCCAAAGGAACAGUGGGUGAAAAUGAUUAUUAAUUUUCUAGAGAAAAAGGCCCCAUAAGGGAACUUCACGGUGUCCUGCUCCAUCAGAUCAUGUGAAGAAUAAUAAAACACAUGUGGCAAAGUGGUCAUGUUUUUAGUAUCAGAAUAAUGUCAUUCAAGUAAUCAAAGAUUUAGUUUUAAAGGUAACAUAAUUGUUUAUUUUUUUUAAAAA